AAUCCACGCGCAGAAGAAAAAACUCUAGACUUUGAACUCCAUUAAUGCCGGUCAACUUCCUCCUCACAUCCAAGCUUCGCAACUCUUAAUUCUUUCCUUCCGUCAUCUUCUUCCUAUAAUACUCCACCACUCCUUCGCCCCUCCCAAACCCUAGCUUCCAAACAACUCUCCCAUGGCAGAAAACGAUUUACCCUCCCCUCUCAGCUUCAACACUAGCAGCUCGAAAACAGAUAUAAAGAUAAGCACGCUCACGGUUGUCGUUGCGGCGAUCUUCUGUUUCCUCACAGUUAUCUUCGUCUUCCUCCUAUACCUGUACGCCAAGUACCAUUGGGGAUCGAGAUCCACCCCCCGCCGCGCCCAUUUCAUCUUCCCCGCCGGCAAUCCCUCACUCCCAAAUCCAGGUCUCGACCCCACCAUCCUCAGAUCCAUCCCAAUCACUCUCUACAAACCGAGCGAUUUCAAGCACGGACUCGAAUGCGCCGUUUGUCUCUCCGAACUCACCGCCGGCGAAGAGGCUCGUUUGCUUCCGAAAUGCGGCCAUGGAUUCCACCUCCAAUGCAUCGAUACGUGGCUUCAAUCCCAUUCCACUUGCCCCAUUUGUCGCCGCUCUGUCGGUCCCGAGGCCGUCGAAGAUCAUGAACAUCGAUCGGAUGAAUCACCUGAUUUGCCCGCCGAUGUUCUGUUUUGGGGGAAUCGGAAUCAGAUUAGCACAAGGAGAGUGGUAUCUGAGGAAGAGAACUCCGGCUCCUCUGGUUCGUCGGAGAGGGUGUUGGUGAUCUCGAUUCCAAAUCGAUCAGCGGAGGGGUUCAUCUCAUUGCCAUCGAUAAGGUCUGAACUGGAGGACAUGAAGUCGCCUGUAACGCCAAAGCGGUGGCCUUUGAGAAGAACAAUUUUCAGCAUGGGGAAGAAGACGGGCGGUUCUUCUUGCAGCAGCCCUCGGGUUGGUGAUGUGGAGCAGGGAUUGGAGGUAUCUGGAGCAGAAAAUGGCGAGGGAAGCUCUGGUAAUUCUUCUGCAAGCUCAUUGUGAGUCAUUUGCAGAGGAAUUUGUUUCUCUGCUCUCUGUCUGCACAAUUCAGUUUUUAGGUUUUUGAAAUGGAGAGAAUAUUACGUAAGUUGCCGGG